AUGUCAAGUGAACAAGAUAAAGAAAGAAGUUUAAAAGAUUAUUGGUAUCCAAAAGAAAUUGGAGAACAAAAUGAAAUUUUACCAUCAUUAAAAGCUAAUGUUAAUAGAGGAUCAGCUUUAACUAGAGGAAUUGACUUUACAGUAACUAGUAUUUUAUAUUCAAUUCCAAUAAUAAUUCUUUAUAUAAGUUAUAAGACGUGGUAUAGUUUCCUUGAUGUUAGUAAUGGAAUUUUUGUAGAAAGUAAUAAAUGUGUUCUUAUUGUUGGAUUUGUAAUUAUUCUUGGAUUAAUUGCAGGAGGAGUUUAUUAUUGGGCUACAAGAAGAAGACAAGUUCUUUUAGUUGAUUUUGCUGUAGCAUGGCCAGAUGAUAAUCUUAAAAUUACAGCAGAUGGAGUAAAAGAUAUUAUUGUUAAAUGUGGAUUAUUUGAACAACAAUAUAUUGACUUCCAAACUAAACUUCUUUAUAGAACAGGACUUGGAAAUGAAACAUAUUUACCAAGACCAUUCCAUGAAUAUCCAUUUAAAACAACUAUGGCAUUAUCACGUGAAGAAUGUGCUAUUGUUAUGAAAAAUUGUUGUGAUCAAUUAUUUGCACAAACAGGAAUUGAUCCAAGUAAAGACAUUGAUAUUGUUAUUUGUAAUUGUUCAUUAUUUAAUCCAACACCAUCAAUUUCAGCUAUGUUAAUGAAUAUGUAUAAAUUAAAACAAACAUGUAAAAAUUAUAAUUUAGCAGGUAUGGGAUGUUCAGCUGGACUUGUUUCUAUUGAUUUAGCAAGAGACCUUCUUAAUGUAUAUCCAAAUAUUAAUUUACUUGUUUUCUCAACAGAGAAUAUUACACAAAAUUGGUAUGAUGGUAAAGAAAAAGGAAUGUUAAUUUCUAAUACAUUAUUUAGAAUGGGAGGUGCAGCUGUCUUAUUAUCUAAUAAAAAUUCAUGGAGAAAGAAAGCUAAAUUUGAAUUACUUACAACAGUUAGAAUUCAUCAUGGUAAAUAUGAUGAUUCAUAUCAUGCAGUAUUCCAAUUUGAAGAUGGUGAAGGUAAAGUUGGAGUUAAAAUUGGUAGAGAAUUAUUAAAAUGUGUUACAAGAGCAUUAACACAAAAUAUGAAUAUUUUAAUGCCACAAGUAAUUUCAUAUAGAGAUAUGUUUAGAUUUAUUAUUUUCUUUAUUAAACAAAAAUUAGGAAAAAUUGAUGCUAAAGAAACUUUCAUGCCUAAUUUCAGAGAAACAUUCCAAGCUUAUUGUAUUCAUGCAGGUGGAAGAGCUAUUAUUGAUGGUCUUCAAGAAAACUUAAAACUUACUGAUGAAGAUUGUAUGCCAUCAAGAGCUACUCUUUAUCGUGUUGGAAAUACAUCAUCUUCAUCUGUAUGGUAUGAAAUGAAAUUUAUUGAAAGAAUUGAUACAUUAAAGAAAGGAGAUAAAGUAUGGCAAGUUGCAUUUGGUUCUGGAUUAAAGUGUAAUUCUUGUGUCUGGAGAAAAAUUUGCAACUAA